AAAUGGCAGCGCUGAGACAGGAGCAUCGGUAUGGGCUCUCCUGUGGCAAAAUCAACAAAAACACCCCGAAUCAAACUCUUUAUCACGUCAAACUCACUGACACUGCCAUCCGGACCCUGGAAGCCUACCAGAACCUGAAGGCAUCACUAUCAAAUCAGCCAGCGAUUUGCUUCAAGGGGAGCCAGGGGUAUGUAAAGAUCCCAGCACCAACCCCCGAAUCUCCGGAUGGAUUCAGAGUCUUCUCGUUCUACCUUUCCAGUGACAGCAAAGACAAGCCUCAGUCCAGCUUUGACUGCAUUCACCAGUAUGUCUCAGGGGAGGGCAGGGAUCACCUGGAGGGCCAGGGAAGCAUUCAGGACAAGAUCACAGUUUGUGCCACAGACGACUCCUAUCAGACGACCCGGGAGCGCAUGUCUCAGGUGGAGAAGGACAUCUGGAGCCGCUCAGCAAUUGAGAUCAAACCGGGGCCAAGUAAGUGCGUGAAGGUCCAGAGGAAGCAGGGUCUGGUAUCAGGCUCAGAUAGCAGCAGCAAGCACUCCCCAAGCAACAAGAGGAGCCUGGUUCCCAGCCCUGUGGCACACCGGCCCUUGAGGGAUCGCAUCAUUCAUCUCCUGGCCUUAAAGCCAUACAGGAAACCUGAGCUGCUACUGUGGUUGGAGAGGGAGCGGGCCAGUCUAAAGGACAAGGCUGACCUGACCUCAGUACUGGAUGAGGUUGGUAAACAGAACCCCAAAGACCACAGCUACUCUCUGAAGGAUGAGCAGUACAGACAUGUCCAGAAAGACUGGCCUGGUUAUCUAGAGGAGGAGAAGCAACUCAUCCAUAGGCUUCUGAUCAGGAAACUUCAGCCACUCCACAGUAGCCAGUUGAAGAGUCCCCAGUCCAACCAUUCAUUCCACAAAACUCCUGGGGACUCUCCUUCACAUCUCAGUCCUGCCAAGAAUCUCUCCGUGAAACGCCCAUUGCCCUCGGACCCAUCAAACUGUCAGACCCCCAAAAAACAAAGACUAUUAGACCAGUGUUUGCCUCUGCAGUCGCCAUCUCACGGAGAAUACGGGGCCAAUGGGGCUCGUAGCUCCUCCAGUCAUGGAAACUCUAGGGUACAGAUUAAACUGGAGUUUGACAAAACCAACAAUCAUCUCCAGGGGAGCCCAAAUGGUCUGUACUCGCCGCACAAACUCAGCGGGUCAUCUGCUAUUCCCAAACUGGAGAGGACAGAGCCAGCUCCUAUUGCACCCAGCCCGAAGCCCCCACACACUAACACAGCCAUUUGCACUGAGCAACUGUUCACCAACGGCCAGCAUAAAAAGAAGAGGUCCAAAAAGCACAAAGACAAAGAACGAGAGCGCUUAAAACCAGACUGGAUAGAGACGAGUCCAGACCUGAAGCAGAACCAAGAAAAUCUCAAAGACACAGAGGAAGAGAAAACACCUGUCAAUCGAACGUCAACAGAGCAAUUGCCUGACUAUUUAAUAAAAUACAGCACCAUUACAGCACUGGAGCAGCGCCAAGAGUAUAAGGACGACUUCUGUGCCGAGUAUGAUGAAUACAGAGGUCUUCAUGACCGGAUUGGGGCUAUCACAGAGAUGUUUGUUCAGUUGGGCUCAAAGAUCAACACUCUCUCCCCAGGAACACAAGAGUACAAGCUGAUGGAGGACCAAAUACUACAAAAGUACCGGAAGUAUAAGAAAAAGUUUCCUGGGUAUCGGGAAGAAAAGAAGCGAUGCGAGUACCUCCAUCAGAAACUGUCGCAUAUCAAAGGCCUGAUCACAGAUUACGACCGAGCACAGGGACUCUCAUAGUAAACGGCCUCUACCCUCAGAAGGGUGGAAUAUGACUGGACCAAAAGACUCCUAAUUGACCCAAAGACUGCCCAGCUGGGUCCGGGAGUCGCACAGACACUAUUCACUUUACUCCUCCGAGUGUUAAUGGAAUCGAGGAGCGAGGUUCUUUUUCAAAAGUGGGCUAAGACCACCGACUCGUGAUCAAAUCUUGCCCUUUAACAUUAUGUUUCUCAACUAUGAUUAUCGCUGUAAUGGCUGGAUUCUGUUCUGCUGUAAAAAGGUCUGAUGACGCAGUGAAAGCCAAAUCCAUUUUUCUGAAAUGCAAAGCAGAUGUGAUCCUUCCUGCAUAAUUGCAUUUUUAUUAUAUCUUUUUUCAAAACGGGGGAAAAAAGAAAAACGCUGAUUUAUUGAAGAAAAAAAAAAGAAGUAUUAAAUUGAUGGUACAAUCAAUCUUAGGGGGAAACAAAUGCUACUAAAGUCUUUAUAUUUAACACAUAAAAGAAUCUGUUCAUUUGCUGGUAGAACAUCAACACAUUCAAUCACGUCAAUUAUUCAUUAAUUACAAUAGGAUCACAUAAUGACAAUAAUAAGGUCACACAUUAACAAUGUAUCUCCUUUCAGACCACAUGCAAACUAAAUUUUAUCACCCAUACAAAGCCUAUAUUUCUGACCCGACAAAGGUGUAUCUCAAUGUAUCACUAAAAUGCAUUUUAAAGCAUCAUAUGCAAAGUUCUUUGGGCUUUCAGCAUAAUUUAAACAAGGAUUUACCAUGUAGCUUUCUGACAACGUCCUGUGUCAUUUCUAAGAAAUGUUGGAAUGCCACAAAACCACUCCUCCCAGUACCUGAAUGCUGGUUUCAGGACAAUGCUUGUCCACAUUUGGCAUCAACUUCACCCUCAUGUAGCCUACCACAAACUGCCUUUUCAUUAUCAACUCUCUCAAGUCUUCUGGUUACAGGUUUGUUAGCUGACACACAGAAAUUGUGCUUUACUUACGCUGUAGAUGAACUCACAAGCUUGAUAAAACAUAACUUUUCACUCUACAUGCAGAUUUAAAAGCUUACAGGGUAUUUUAUCUUCAAGGUUUUCCACACAUUUUUGAUUUCCUUUGAUUUUGCUUUGGUUGGAGUCUUGAGAUAAAUCGCAAUAGAGAUGCCUUUAACAAAUCAGACCGUGUAAAGAGGAUGGCACUGUGGGUCGGUCACUAAGUUCACACCACUUUGUCUCAGUUGGGUGUAAAGAGCAGGCGGACCUCUAGAGGCCGCCAGCAGAGUAAUUUUGGACUUUGAGUUAUUUCUCUCAAGGCAGGUACAUCUGAAUAUCCACAAACCGUAGUUUUAUUUCACCUAAUAAUUAGCUGUAGCCUGACGUAGUUAAUAGUGCUCAAAUUUCAGUGUUCUUUGGACGUUUGCAUCAAUGUAGCUGUACUCACAACUGUUGUCUUAAUAAUGGCUUAAAAUGGGAGAAUGAAACUAAUAUUUGCCUUAACAUGUAUGUCAGACAUUUCCAAGAUUAUGCCAUCCCUGCUCUGAAAUGUUGUCGAUUUAACCUGCACAGUUCAAAUCUUUCUGACUUUUCCUGUAAAUGUCUUUUAGUUUGAAGGAACUUCAGUUACUGGAUAGUUGUUACUGGAUAGUUGUUGUCUUAUCUGUGUUGUUUCUUGUGUUUUUUUCUAUGUACGUCUUAAUCAUUUUCUAUUUCUGUCAGAUAAUCAUUCAAGGAAUUCACUUUUCAAUCCUAUCAACCACCAGUAUCAAAAGAAAGAAUCGUUGCAGAAACCUACAAAAAAUAAUGUGCUUUGUUUCUCUUGAUUUCUCAAUGAAAAUAUUCAGUGGGGUUUUUGUCACAUAUUUACCAGCUUCAAUGUUUUUAUUUUUAUUUUAUUUGCAAGGUUUCUUCUGGUAUGUUUGAAGGAUUUGAGACUAGCAACAGUUGCUCCGUCUUGGCACAUAUGAACGUUUUCAAGAAAGGAAUAUUUAUUAGCACUGACUAUUGGAAAAAUGAGAAUUGUAAGCCCAGAUUUUGAGCAUUAAAUAUCAAAGCUAAAAAUGCUGGAUUGUUAAAGCUCCGGUACACCUACAGUAAUGUUUUCUUUAUUUUGGCUGUUUGGAUCUCUUCUUAGGAUCAGUUCUCACACUUUUAUGAUUCUUGUUAAUAUGAAUUUUGAUGAGGUGAAAGAAAAUGUGCCAAUGGCUCUACCCAACUUGAGAAAAAGUCUAAUCGGUCCAAAUGAGUGAAAACAACUGUGUGUUUUGUUCUGGUACUGGAUCUGGAAAUCAAUGCUCAGAAAAACAAGAUAAUUUAUUUGUGUUUCACAGAAUUUCUUUGAAAACAGAAAGGUACUUAAAGUGUUUUUGAAAUGGCAGUGUAGAAAUGUCCACAUAAACGCCAUUCAUGAGAACUUAAAAGUAAUAACAAUUUAAAGAACUAAUUCAAGUCAAGGGCUUCCCAAUUGCCACUAAAGUAGUAUUGGUCAAUUGUACAAUACAUAUGUAAUCAAACAAACUGCAUCAUGGGCAAAAUAUCAGUUGAAUCAGUAUGAAUGAAAAUAAUUGUACCAUUUUGUUUUGGGGAAACCAGACCCAUAGUUAAACGGGCAUCUCAAGUGCUAACUGUGAUGUUGUUGUUUUUUUACUGUUGCAGGAGCUAACUACUGAUGGUGCCUUUUUCAUUCAAAGAAUACUACCACUCUGUAUUAAACCAUCAUUGAUGUUCUGGAAGAAAAAAAAAUGGGGCAACAGUAUUCACACAUCUGUAGCUUCACAAUGUUGCCACUUUUCAAAGUGCUUUGUUCAUUUUUAUUUUUUUUUGGUUGAGUUGAUAUCAGAUGCCUUGUAAACUGUAUAAAGUGUACUGGCAAUAGGAUUUUUCCAGACAUAAAAAAUUGGCAUUUUUGAAAAUGCAAGGUCUUCAGGACAGAUUAACUGCAUCUGCUGUUAGCUAUUUUCAUACAAGUAUAUAUGAAAGAAUUACCUGGUAUUUUGUCUUCGUUUCUAUUUCCGACCCAGCAAACUGUUUCCAUAAAUUGAAUACUGGUGCAUUUAAUUGGUUUGUUGGUACUGGAAGAACAAUGCCUCAAUGGAAAUGUGAAAUCAAACAUUUUGCCUAUUGCGAAUCACUGCAAUUGAUCUACCUAGGAGAACAAAUUCCUUUAUUUAUUGCUUUGUAUGUGUUUGUCCUUUUUCUGGGAUUCACCUUUGCAUAGGUUGUUCAUUCUUUUCACAGCAAAACUCAAAGUAUGGUGAAAGGGAAAUGGAAUAUAUUUUUGCAAUUUUUUGAUGGUGGAUGCCUUAUCACAAUGUCAUCCUCUUGAGAAAAGCUUUCAGAAAAAAGUGUAUUGUUGUCUAAAUAUAAAUGAAAAAUAAAGCU